AUGCAGCGAUGGCCAAAACAUCGGCUAUCACUGUUCCGGUUGCUGUACUCACGCUCAAAUCGUUCGUUUUCAACCGCCAAGCCGGGCAUCCCGAACCCAUUGGUGCUUCAGGUCUGGGGUGCAAACACCGGGGUGGGCAAGACAGUCUUGUCAACUGCUCUGCUACGUACUGCUGAGCAACCGUCUCUCUAUCUAAAACCGGUUCAGACCGGACCGUCCCUUGCAGCUGAUGCUCUUCUCGUCUCGAAGGUCGCGCCAGACGCCAGAGCUGUGACUCUGCAUUCCUAUAAUCAACCUGUGAGUCCGGAUCUGGCCGCCUCCCUAGAUGAUAUCCAACCGCCGACCGAUGCAUCUCUCUGCGAGCAAACAGCCCAUGGAUUGGGCCAGUUUCUGGAGACCAUCAACAUUUUAAAUAAUCACACCCGGGCGCUCGCUUUGGUAGAAACUGCGGGUGGCGCGCUCUCUCCCGUGCCGUCCGGAGCACUUCAAGCAGACGCCUAUCGCUCUUUGAACCUUCCCGCAUUGCUUGUAGGGGAUCCAACGCUCGGUGGCAUAUCUACGACACUAGCUGCUUAUGAGGCCUUGCGCAUACGUGGGUAUGAUGUCUCCACGAUUGUGUUCUUUGCCAAUAUUUUACAGGACAAUGUGCAGCUGGAGAACGAGGUCAGUGUGAAAAGGGUCGUCGAAAAAGAUGGCAUUUCCGUGUUCCAGGCGCCAGCCAUCCCCCCUAUUGACGUGCCGUUGAUAGAGUAUUGUCAAACACCAGCUGUUUCAGAUUUUUUCACCAACUUGUCUGAACAUCUCUAUGAUGUCCAGGAGAAGCGAUUUCGCAACUUGAAGCACAUGCAAGAAAGAGCAUCCGAUAUCUUUUGGUAUCCGUUCACACAACACACUUCCCUAGGAAGUGUAACCUGCAUUGAUUCGGCAUCGGGAGAUAUGCUCUCGUGCUACGACCAAACAAAUGGCCUCCAUGAAAUGGUUGACGGUAUCGGAAGCUGGUGGACUAACGGAGUAGGUCAUGGCAAUGCAGAAAUGGCGAAGGCCAUGGGGCGAGCAUGUGGUCGUUACGGGCAUGUUAUGUUUCCAGAGGCAACCAAUGCCCCUGCCUUCGAAUUGGCGAGCUCUUUGUUAUCAGGUGUAGGACAGGGAUGGGCCGACAGGGUCUUCUAUUCCGAUAAUGGAUCCACUGCUGUCGAGGUUGCACUCAAAAUGGCGUUCCGGAAGCGAGCACGGGACUUCCCAGAACAUACAGGCAAGCCGGUUAAGAUUGUAGCGAUCGACGGUGGAUAUCACGGAGACACGCUUGGUGUUAUGGAUUGCGCUACUGAAAGCGUGUAUAAUGAACAACAAACUCCUUGGUUCGAAUCAAGGGGGGUGUUUUUCGAAGCACCUACCGCCUCGCUCGUAGACGGGGUCUGGCAGGUGCAUAUGCCGGAAUGGACUGGAGCGAAUUACGAUAUCAUCCUGUCUGGGCGUGGGGAGCUGAUGGAUAGAAAUCGCGAUGUGCCGGUGUACUCGUCGAAAAUCAAGGAAAGACUGGACACAGCUGAAGCUUCUGGUGUAGAAUUCGGGGCGCUACUAAUAGAGCCCGUGCUGCAAGGGGCAGGAGGGAUGCGUCUGAUCGACCCGGCAUUUCAGCGUGCUUUGGUGGCGGAAUGCCGCGCUCGUGGUGUGCCCGUAAUCUUUGACGAAGUAUUCACAGGAUUGUGGCGAUUGGGAAGUGAAAGCGGGGCAGGUUUGUUGGGAGUGCAACCAGACGUUGGCGUUUUUGCGAAGCUAUUGACGGGAGGGACGGUUCCGUUAGCGGCAACUCUCGCAUCAAAAGAAGUGUUUAAAGCAUUUGAUGGAGAGGGCAAAGCAGAGGCUUUGCUACAUGGGCACUCGUACACGGCACAUGCGAGCGGUUGCGCAGCGGGCGUUGAAGCGAUGAGACAGUAUGAGGGUUUGAAAGGCGACCGUGAAUAUUGGGAUUUGGCGACAGCGAGGGAACUCAGCUGUGCGGACGAGGUGGAGGAAGUUGUGGUUUUAGGGACUGUGCUAGGACUGAAAAUAAGAGGAGAUGGGGAAGGGUAUGGCGCAACAGGCGCGAAGAAGGUUAUCGACAGAUUGCAGCAGGAAGGCGUGUUUUCUCGGCCGCUUGGGAAUGUGGUCUACAUCAUGAGUACUCCUUUGACGGAUCGAGCGUGGUGCGAUGAGGUGAUGAAGAAGGUGCACCGAGUGUUGACGAAUGGGUCGGAGCGCACUUCCAAGCGAGCUGAAGCGUGAAAUGAGCAGGGAAAUUUAGCUCAGCCCCCUAUCUAAAAGUCCAUUCUGUUUGGGAGGAAUAGGGCUUUUGGUGAGGAGGACACGAUUGCGUGAAGCCAGAUGGGACGUAAAAGCUUCUAUACCGCCUUACGCCCUACCCCAGUACAAGUUUUGCCAAAUUUGCGCACUAUUCGUACUUAUUUAUUAAUGUUUAGUACCGCACGCCCUAUAGAAGGGCAUCAAGUUCGCGUGUGAUUGGAUGGUGCCGUCUUUUGAUCUCAGGAAUGACGCACCGAUACAGAAGAUAUAAUGCGUACAGGCACAGUGCAGCGGUUGACAUCCUCAAAGUGGUGCAAGGGUACAGUAUGCAUAUGGAGAUGAAGAUCCACCGCAAUGUAAGCAGUAUUCAAUAAACGCGCAGCACUGUCCUCACGCCAUUCCGAAA